ACAAUGUUGAACCACGGGAUGAGCACGCGAGACGCCAUAUUGAGCGAAUGUUGAUUGAAUGCAGUUUAGGUGUUUACGCGGUUUGAAAUAAAACCCGUGAAAAACGUAUCAAUUGUCGUAUAACUCGACUGAAAUAUUAAUAAGCGAUUAAUUCAGUGUGACAAUUAUAUUACACGGUAAUAAAAUGAGCGGUAGCGACGGCGAGGACGGUCAAUGCAACAGGACGAGAGAAAGCAACGUAGUAGCGAUGGAUGACGUUCUUGUUAAGAAACACACUGACGAUAUUCUUCAUGAUGGAUGCAUUAGCUCUGAGGACGAUUUCACGCGACAGGAAAGUGACUGGGCUGUUAAUUACAUGGAAGACGCUGUCAGAUCUCCUGUCGUCGCGGACUCGGUUCCUGUCGCGAGCGUGGCACUUGACGAAAGCGUGGUCGAUGAAUUUGUCAAGGGCGCGAGAGGUCCCGACAACAUGGAAUUGAACACGAUGCAAAUGAAGCCGAAGACGGUUAUUGAAAAUUCGAAUACUACUGUGAGCCUUGAAAGCCCCUUCAGGGGUAAGGAAAUGUGUUCAUGUAAUGUAUGCAAAGCAAAAAGAGAAUUGCUUGGAGAAGAAUUGCAAAAGGCUAUAAAGUUUCAAAAUCUAUGGACAGAAUUGCGUCAACAUAUUCGAGGUUCCUUUAAUAUUGCCUUAGAAGCUUCUCGUAUUCCGGGAGGUUUACAAUUUCAUCAAACUCCAUUUUCAGCUGAUGAUACGCACAAGAUUGUUUUGCAAUUGUGUAAAAGGAAUCCUCAUCAAUUAUUUAUGAGAUUAGUAAGCUUGGCGCAAGAAUUUGUUAUAGAAGUAAAAGUUCAUUUAUUAGCUCUUCUACAUGACCUUAGUAUAAAUAAUUUAGCAGAAGUUUUUCUUACAGGUCUUUUAGAUGAUUAUGAUGCAUUGAUAACAACAGCUGUAAAGAUUUCUAAGUUUGUAAAACUUUUAAAAGAUCAUUUGGGUAAAUUCUAUUAUAAAUUUCCUUUACCAUGGACUGCUUUUAUUAAAAAAUUAUAUCAGAUUUAUAUAUAUGAUGAUCCUUUUAUACAAGAUAAUUUACCACCUUUUAUUGGUCAGGUUUUACAGUUAAGAAAACUUUUGCCUUUAAAAGGCUCGGAAUAUCAACGUCUUGUUCAUCGAUAUUUAUGGUUUGACAAAGAAAUGACAGUAAUUAGAGAUCUUUGGGCAGAAACUGAAUCAUGGAUGGACAAGUACAAUGCAGAACAAGCAUGUCGAAUGACCCAUCUUAGACAAGUAAGGGAAAUAUUCACAGCAACUAGCAAACUUCUGGAACCGCGUAUGUUAAAUAAAACGCCUGAUAUUGAAAAUGAAUUUCAAGAAACAGAUGGACAACUUUUGACGCUUACAUCACAAGCAAAAGUUGAUGUAUCAGAAAUGGAUAAUAGAUCUCUAAGCCCUACUCCAGAUUUAAGUUUGGAUUCGCCUGAUAUGCCUCCAAGUAUUGAGAUACUACAAAUUUUAUUAGAUGAUUGGAGUAAAGUUGUAAAAUCUCUACGACAAAAAUUAUCUGAUGUAGCAGGUGCACAACCUGUUACAGAUAUUUACACUAAUGGACAGGAAGAUUUUUUUGAUUAUGCUUGUGCAACUUGCCAUUUAGUACAGUCUGCAAUGAGAUCAGUCAAGGCCCAAAUCGAAGGAACUUGUUUGGAAAAUAAUGUAGAAGAAGGAAAAAGUUGCGAGUGUCAUAUGUGUAUAGGAUCUGCAAUAUCUUCUACUAUUAAUAAAAGUGAUACUGAAAAUAUCAUAUUACCACUAGAAAAUCCUUUUCCACAACUCACAAAUGGUUUUUUAGAAGAUACAGCUAAUUUUUCGGCAACACAAGUAAAGAAAAAACUAGAAGAUCUAGAAAUAAAAGAAAUAAAAAAUGAUGGAAAUGAAAUAAAUGUAAAUGAAGAUAUUGAUUUAUGGACAUCUGAUACACAACCUUGUUCAUGUGUAUAUCAGCAUGUAAGAGAGAUAACAGAAAGAAAAAUGGUGCUAGAAAAUCCACCUUGUUUGUGUUUAUUAAACUCCAAGCGGAAAAUAUGGGAUACUUGUCCCUGUUUAACAAAAUGCGUACCUGAAACGGUUGUACCAAAUGGUCAUUCAAAGCCAGUAUCGCCGUCUAUUAUCAAAACUAAUCAGGAGUUACCUAAACCUGCAAUAAAAUCUGGUACUACACAAUCUGCUCAAACGCAAACGCGACAUUCGACAACUCAGACACCAAAUACCGCUCAUAAUCAUACAACACAUCAAGGUACCACUCAUUCUCAUACACAUGGGCCUCUUCCAGAUUUGAUAAAAAAUAUGGGUCCUACUCAUAGAUCUCAUGCACAUAGCAAUCAUUCGUCGCAUGCCUGUCACAAACAGGCUAAUGUUGAGCAUAUUAAAAGAGUCUCGUGUAACGACUUGAGUUCCGGAGAUGGAGAUUGUUCGGAUUCCGGAAGUAGUCAAGAGGAUUCUUGUUCUACCAGUAGUUCAGCACAAAGAGAUUCUAGUAGACAUUGCGAUUGUUGUUAUUGCGAAGUAUUUGGUCAUGGUGUUCCUUCAGUAGCGCCUGUUAGUAGAAAUUAUAAUGAAAUGAGAGAACGUUUACGGCAAUUAUUAACAAAGAAAAAGGCUAGAAAGUGUAAAGUUACAUGUAGUCCUUCAAAAAGUCCCUCAGAAUCAGUGGUAUCUGAUACAAGUACAGAAACAAAAACAGUAACAAAUAUAAUGCCUAGAUUAAAUACUCCAGUUUCAACUGUUUCUGUAGUUCAAACAGAUCAACGAGAUCAAAGAGAUCUGGAGGAACUUUUAGAAUUCAUUGAAGGUAAUCAGAAUGGAAAAAAAGAUAACAAUAAAAAGGCUGAGAAAAAAGCUAGGCAGAAGCAACGCAAGCUAGAAGAAAAGCUUAAAAGAGAUAGGCAAGAGGCAGAAAGACAAAAAUUAAUAGAAUUACAGAAAAAGACACCAGAAGUAACAAUUACCGUCGUAGAUCCACAAAAACCUGUUCCUCAAAGAUUAUUACCUCAGUGUAAUCUACCUGAAGUAUCUAUUUUACCUACAUCACCUCCAGUAGCGUUGCCGAUUAUAAAACAAUUAAGUAAUAAAAAGAAAGACAAACAAGAAAUCUGUAGCAAUAGUAGUAAUACUAGUAGCAGUAGCUGUAGCAGCAGCAGUAGUAGUAUUAGUACAAGUAGUAUAAAUACCAAAACAAAGACUGCACCUGUGAAUAUCAAUAUAAAAAACAAAAGUAUUAAUAAAACUGAUAAAAUAAUGGUCUCAGGUCAGAUAAAUAAUAAAAUAGCCAUUAAAAGUGACAAAACUGAAAUUAGCAAUAAAAAUAAAAUACAGAUAAACAGUAUCAAUAGCACAAAUAUGAAAAAUAAUACUGUGGAGAAAUCAUUAACUAUUGAUUUAAAUGAUAAAAAAUUGACAAAGAAAGAAAGAAAAAAGUUGAAAAAAAGAAUGAAGAAAAUGGAAGAAGUAAAAGCAAAAGAAGAAACAAAGAAACCUGUUCAGACAGAAACUCAACCUCAGAUUGUGACGAUUAAAAGAGUUAUGGAAUCUAAUAGUGCAGAACCGACAGUUACAAUUACAUUAAAAGGUCAAACACCAGCUGAAGAUAAAGUUUUAUUUACAUUGGUGAAUGGUCAAACAAAAGAAGUCACCAAUUUGAAAUUGGAGAAUGAACAAAAUCAAAACAUCAGCGGAAAGAAAAAGAAAACUAAAACAAAUAAUAAUAAUAACAAUUAUACUAAUGGUAAUAGUAAUAAUUCAUUACAACAGGGCAAUAAGCAAAUGAAUAAUUCGAAACAACAAAUGCAGAAUAAAAUUUGUGACGGUAAGAACAAUAUGAAACAACAAUCAAAUAAUGAUAAAGGCAAAGGAAAACAAUUAGAUGAUAAGAAGGUUCAACAACAGAAUAUUACGAAAUCUAAAAAAGACAAAAGAAAUACAGAAAAUAAAGAAAAUGUGUUACAACAAAACGUUGUAAAUAAGAACAAAAAUCAAUCGCAAAAUAUAUCUGGAAAGAAGCAGAAUAAAAUGAAUACUCCACCUCAAACGCCAACUUCACAAAAGUCAUCACAAAACUUGAAUAUCAAUAAUGAAAAUAAUAAGAAAUCGAAAAUCCAGUCGCAAGAUAAAAAUGGACAAUUAAAUUCCAAUAAAAAUAAUAAAAAUACAUCUAAUAUCACUAUUAAACAGACAAAGAACGAUACCCAAAAAAUUCAAACUAAAAUGACGAAUCAGAUAAGCGUCAAACAACGAUCGGAAAUACAAUCAGUAUCCACUGAAAGAAUUAAUUCACCAUUGAGUAGUCAAUUCAAGGAUAUUGGUGUAAAUUCUAAAAUUAAUAUAGAAAAUUUAAAAUUACCACCUGGUAUUACAAUAACAAAAGUAGAUGCUCCUGCGAAACCUUUACCAAUCAGAUCUGCACCUCUCCCUAAACCAGUAAAUCCACCAAAACAAACCACAAUAAUCGCUGCACCAAUGAGCGGUGUUCAAUCGAGUUAUGCAAGUUCUCAGGCAGGUGGAAAUGUGAUUGUAGUAGAUACAGGAAAAUUGAAACAAGAUCUUUUGCCUAAAUCCAUAGAAAAAGACAUGUCUAAAGAAACACAACAAAAUCAGAACAGUACUAAUAAAAAGAAAAAAAAGAAGAAUAAAAAUGCUGCAAAUUCUAGUAAUAUAUCAAAUCAAACAAUAGUACAAAAUAAUGAUCUUUUCAUGAAUGAUCAUGCAGAUGAACCUGCUAGAAUACUUCAUAACCCAAAUACUAAUAUGGUGACUAUAAGAAAUCCUGCAUUUGGUCCAAUGAAAGUGCCACCAACUCAACAGGCAGCCAUUAUAAAAGUAUCAGAAAAUGGCAUGGUUACUAUUAGGAGUCCUGCAUUACAACAAGCAAUUAAUGCAGGUCUUACAUCACCUCCAAAACCAGAUUAUAUUGUGAAAGGCGAUCUCCCGUCCAAAAUGGCGACAGAGAAUUCAAAUUUGAAACAUACUAAUGGUAUUAUUCCAUCAAGUUUGGCAGAAUUAAGAAGCAGAUUGACCCCAGAUUGUACAACUCUAAGUGGUCUAGCUAAUAUACAAAUCAGUAAAGUAACAAAUGGUCAACCAAUACCAGAAAAUGGAAUUAAUUUAAAAGGAACUAGUGUAACAUUAACGAAAGUGAGAACAGAACCUAGUAUGGAAGACGUACAAAGUGCAAAAACAGCAGUUCGAGAGGCAAUAAACGCCACAAUAGCAGCAUCGUCUACUGGGAAGAGUAAGAAAAAGAAAAAACGGGGAGCCGGCACAAGACAAUAUGGCGAUGACUGGAACCUCGUUGAGAGCGUAUUCACGCCUAAAGAUAUAGACCUCGAGGACGGGGAGAUGGACGAUGCAGAGCGCGAAUUAGAGGCAUUCAAGAGGUUUUGUCUGCAGUCCGUACCGCCGCCACGCAAGGAAAAGGUCAAUCUCAACAUCAAGGACAUCGUGCUAAAGAAGAAGUCAUCCUCAUCAUCAUCGUCUUCAACAGCUGCUGCUGUGAUUGCCGCGAAUUGAUUUUUCUUUUGACUAACAUUAGACGCUCCCUACCAUUACUAUUAUUACCAUCAUCACUAUUAUCAUCACUACUGCUGCUACUAUAUUCGCGCAAGCGCGUAUAUGUAUAUUGGCUUGACGCAGAAUUAAUAGGAAUUUCUAAAUACGAGCACAUGUUGAUCGAAAAAUUAUUUCUUUACGAAAAAAUCAAUCUAUUUAUCAUAGAUCAGACAAUAAUAUAUUAUACUAUAUUGUCAAAUUGUCUGGUGAUUAUUUUAUGCGAAAGCGUACCACUUCCAACAUCAUUCUCCUUUAUGGAUAUUCACAUUACUCCGUGGGCAAAUCCGUAGCACGCAAGGUUAAUUCUAGCUUGCAGAUUGCACUGCGUGCGCAUAAUAUGCGCGCGCAACACUAUUUUAGAGUUGAUUUUGAAAUUGUGACUUUACUAUGAAGAAUAUUGCAAAAUAUGUAUGUAGUCUGCGUGCAUUUUAAUUAUGCACGAAUUAGAAAAAAAUAUAAUCUUUCGUUAUAACAAUGUAUAUAUGUUAUAACAUAUAUACAUAUGAAUUUAAUCAAGAGAAUUCUGCUACUUUUGCAUCGAGCCAAUUACUGACCGAAUAUGUAUUGUAAUACUGCCACGGCCGAUACGCGUAAACACACGACCGACCGAAAACGCUCGUCGAUUUUUCGGAUUUCGGCGACGGGGUUGCGCCUAAUUGUUAUAAACGAUUAUCAAAAAUGAUGGGGAAAAAUGCAAUGGGAUAAAUAAUAUAAAUGUACAAGAGCAGCCACCGCAAUACGAUACUGACGAUGUUGUAAAAGAAGAGUAAUAAUAUUGUCGUCGUGUCGUCGUCGUGUCGGCACCUAGUCGACUUCAUAUUUUUAAUAUAUUAAUAGACGAGCGUGUUAUGUUCGUGAUUUUUCUCUUCAAUACAAGGAAGAGAUAAUUGUGAAAAAUUGAUACUAUUAGAUAGAAUGUACGCGAGAGGGAUGGGUGACGCGUGGCAUUUUCCUCGAGAUACAGCGAGAGCCGUAGAUAUAAUAUGUUAUAUAAAUAUAAAAUGUAUGUAUGUAUAUGUAUAUCUAUAAAUAUAGUAGGAACGAAUUUUCCUGUCGAGAAGGUCGAUAUUGUGGAAAUAUCUGCCCUCGACCGUAAUUGCGAAAACGAUCAUGGUGGCAUUGACAUAUAGUGUCUCGACGCGAUAUCUAUCCGAAUCAUGGUUCGAUUAAUAAAAUCGUUCUCGCCAUGCGAGCAAAGAAGGAUCGAUAACGAUGCGAGAUGUUUCUCGUCGUAAUACCGACGAUCGCAUUGCGUCGCCACGAUCGUGAUCGCCGGCUUAGAAGCACAGUUCUCGAUCGACUAUCUUACUAAGACACGACACCACAGUACACAUGGAAACAUCUUUUUUCUUCAUUUUUUCUUUUUUUUUUUUUUUUCUUUUUUUUUCAAUAAAAGCAGAUAUGCAUUUUUACCAAAGAUCUUGCGUUUGUAUCUUCUUCCUUAUGGAUUUAUUUCCUGUGGUGCAAUUUGGCGAUGGUACAUGUUUUUGCACUUUGUAGUAAAAGUCGUAUUUUUGUAUGGACUUUAAAGUAAUCUCACUAGCGAUAGGUGAGUUAAAGGAAUUUUAAUAAAAAUCGAAGAUAUCAAGUUGAAAAAUUGAAAAAUGGUUUAUUAGAUAAUUUGUUACAUUGCAUACUGUGUAGAAAAUUGGUUUCAAUAUAUUUUCAGAAACGGCA